UCUGUGUGUGGCACAGGGCAACGGCGCUUGGACGGAGAGGAAACGUGAAAGCGGACUACGGCGUUACAGUUCAAACCCUUCUUAAUAAAGCCUUUUAAAGAAAAAAAACCACAAAACUAAAAAACGGAAGUACAUUUUGGGACGAUUUUUUUCGGAUUACGCGGCCGGUGUGUUGAGUGUCGGAGUUUUGUGCGGUGAAGUGAGUGAAGCUCUGAGCUCGCGACCUGCAGCACGAGACGCAGUUUCUCCGGUAGCCUGGAGACGGGAGAUGGUUUAUCUCCACUGUCGGCGCUGAAACAGCAACAUUUUCGACGCCCGGACAACAUAAACGCGCCAGAGCGUCGCUCAGAACUGUCUGGACUGCGGUUCCGCGUUUUAAAGUGUGUUUCUGUGCCGUUUGGACGCUUGGAGACGCCUGGAGACGCUUGGACAGGUGACAGGGUUCGAGCAGAUCUGAGAGAAGGGGAGUGUGUCGCUCGGUCGGGGUGUGUUUACCCCCUGCAGGUCUGGCUGAUGUGCUGAAUUACACUGGAUCAUCUCCAUCCAGCACACCGGCGAGCCUCCGAGAAAUAAAGGAUACAUUUCAAGAUGUAUCCGCAGGGCCGGCAUCCGGCGCCCCACCAGCCUGGUCAGCCCGGCUUUAAAUUCACUGUGGCGGAGUCGUGCGACAGAAUCAAGGAUGAAUUUCAGUUCCUGCAAGCUCAGUACCACAGUCUUAAGGUGGAGUAUGACAAAUUGGCCAAUGAGAAGACAGAGAUGCAGCGCCACUAUGUCAUGUACUAUGAGAUGUCUUAUGGGCUGAACAUUGAAAUGCACAAACAGACUGAGAUUGCUAAAAGGCUUAACGCAAUUCUAGUUCAGAUCAUGCCCUUUCUGUCACAAGAGCACCAACAGCAGGUUGCACAGGCUGUUGAACGUGCCAAGCAAGUGACAAUGACUGAACUGAAUGCCAUCAUCGGGGUACGUGGACUUCCCAAUCUGCCUCUCACCCAGCAGCUCCAGGCACAGCACCUCUCUCAUGCUGCCCAUGGCCCUGUGGCUUUGCCUCCACAUCCCUCAGGCCUGCAGCCCCCAGGCAUCCCCCCAGUUACAGGUACUGGUUCGAGUUUGCUGGCACUAGGUGCACUGGGCAGCCAGCCCCACCUGUCUGUGAAGGACGAGAAGAACCACAAUGACCUGGAGCACAGGGAGAGCACGAACAACUCCAUUUCCCCAUCCGACAGCCUGCGUACUGCCAGCGAGAAGCAUCGUGGUUCCUCUGACUAUAGCCUGGACUCCAAGAAGCGCAAAAUGGAAGACAAAGACAACAUGAGCAGAUAUGAUAGUGAUGGAGACAAAAGUGAUGAUCUUGUGGUUGACGUUUCAAAUGAGGACCCUGCUACACCGCGAGGCAGCCCAGCUCACUCACCACCAGAAAAUGGCAUUGAAAAGCCCCGUCCCCCCAAAAAGGAUACACCUAAUAGUCCUGCCUCAGUUGCCUCAUCUGGCAGCACACCUUCUUCCAAAACCAAGGAGCACGGCCAUAAUGAUAAAUCAUCCACGCCUGGUCUCAAGUCUAACACUCCCACUCCACGGAAUGAUGCCCCGACCCCUGGUACCAGCACCACGCCAGGUUUGCGGCCCAUCCUGGGCAAACCCCCCAUGGAGGCUCUAGCUGCUCCUGCUCUGCGCACACCCCUUUCCAUCGCUGGCUCUUAUCCAGCUCCUUUUGCCAUGAUGGGCCACCAUGAGAUGAAUGGCUCACUCACAAGCCCUGGGGUCUACGCUGGCCUACACAUCUCUCCCCAGAUGAGUGCAGCUGCUGCUGCUGCAUAUGGCCGUCCGUCCAUUGCUGGUUUUGAUCAUCCUCACAUGAGAGCCCCAGGUCUCCCUGCCAGCCUCACAUCAAUCUCUGGAGGAAAGCCGGCCUACUCAUUCCAUGUUAGCGCUGAUGGGCAGAUGCAGCCUGUGCCCUUCCCUCCUGAUGCUCUUAUGGGCCCUGGGAUCCCACGCCAUGCCCGCCAGAUCAACACCCUUAGUCAUGGCGAGGUUGUAUGUGCAGUCACCAUAAGCAACCCUACACGCCACGUCUACACUGGAGGCAAGGGCUGUGUGAAGAUCUGGGACAUCAGCCAGCCUGGUAGCAAAAGUCCUGUAUCCCAGCUGGACUGUCUGAACCGGGACAACUACAUCCGUUCCUGCAAGCUGUUGCCUGAUGGUCGUACGCUGAUUGUGGGUGGUGAAGCAAGUACCCUGACCAUCUGGGAUUUGGCCUCACAGACACCACGCAUCAAGGCUGAGCUGACCUCAUCAGCCCCGGCCUGCUACGCUCUGGCCAUCAGUCCUGAUGCCAAGGUCUGCUUCUCCUGUUGUAGUGAUGGCAACAUUGCCGUCUGGGACCUCCAUAAUCAGACGCUUGUCAGGCAGUUCCAGGGCCACACAGAUGGUGCCAGCUGCAUUGACAUCUCUCAUGAUGGCACUAAACUGUGGACGGGUGGCCUGGACAACACUGUGCGCUCAUGGGACCUGAGAGAAGGCCGGCAGCUGCAGCAACAUGAUUUCACCUCUCAGAUCUUCUCACUGGGCUACUGCCCAACGGGUGAGUGGCUGGCUGUGGGCAUGGAAAGCAGCAAUGUGGAGGUGCUUCACCACACCAAGCCAGACAAGUAUCAGCUCCACCUGCAUGAGAGCUGUGUGCUGUCCCUCAAGUUCGCCUACUGUGGUAAAUGGUUUGUGAGCACUGGGAAGGACAAUCUGUUGAACGCGUGGAGGACUCCCUACGGCGCCAGCAUAUUCCAGUCAAAGGAAUCAUCCUCGGUCCUGAGCUGUGACAUCUCGGCAGAUGACAAGUACAUUGUCACCGGCUCUGGCGACAAGAAGGCCACAGUGUAUGAGGUGAUCUACUAGGUGGAGCUAAAUGGAUGGAGAGGCUCAGCUCAUGUUAAAAAGGAGAAACGGGGAAUGGUGUGUUGAGGGGAAACCAUGCUUCUUUUCUCCUAGCCAGAUAAACAGUUCAGCACCUGUCUACCUGACUCAUCACUCAUCAUCCCCUUCUUAAUGGACUGUGUGACUAACAGUUGUCUGGACUAUUCCGAUAUGAACUGAUUUAAAUCAGGACUUGAACUGGUCUGGAGGGGACUGGGCAGCCUUCAGCCCCAUCACUAAUGCUUCUUACUUGCUCAUUCCUUGCCCACCACACCCAAUGUAGGGCAUUUGGCACUAGAGGAGAAAAUACCUUUUUUUCUUGUUGGAUUUUUUUUUUUUUUUUUUUGUCUUUUUUUUUUUUUUUAAUAAGGUAAGAAUGUUGCAGCAUGAAGCAGCGCUUCAUUCUGAAACUUUGUUCAUGUGGAGGUUCUGUGAAAAGUGUACAUAAUGGAGUAUUAAAAGGCCUUUUAUAGAUUUAUAUUUUGGUGUUCGGUUACAUUCACAAUGGUUCUUUCUCUCUCACCCUCUUCUUGAUGCUUUGUUUUUUCCGCUGGGGUUUGGAAAUUAGAUUAGGACAUAAUUUUUUUCUAAGGACAUUCUAUCUCUUUUUGUUCCUGAGAAGUUAAUUUUCUAGGCUGACCUUUUAUGGAAAUCUAAUUUACCCCUCUCCCUUCCACUGAAAAAAAAUUUCAGUUAGAUCAUAUUUCUGGGAUUUUUUUUUUUUUUUGUGAGGUACCCUGUGGACCUUUUUCCCCCUCUGAGUGAUAGUGAGCCAAUGCCUUAUAAACUUCUGUGAACACCUGAGGCUGAUAUCUAUCGGAAAGGGCAGCUCAGGAGGAUGGACAC